UGAUCAAACAGUUAAUUAUGAUUAAAAUUAGUCAGUCUUCUGGUUUAACCAGUUUCUCUCAUAAUAGUUAACCGAAUUACCCUUUCAGGCUUUCUCCAGCCUCGGGGUUCUAUUAGUCUUGUCUAUCUUGUCUAGUGUGAGAGAGUUUAAAUCAUAGAGUUGUGAGCAUUUAAGCUAAUCGGAUUUAAGAGAAAAUCUUCAUUUGAUUAUUGGGAAUUCACCUUAACACUUUUCCAUCCAAAGUUCCCCAAGUGUAUUCAUUGUAAUUCUAUUGCAAUGGAUGUCAUACUGCCCAUUUUAGGCAAUUAUAUGAAAAUAUUUUUCGAAUUUACAACUUAUUCGAUGAUUCUUUUAACGUUAUAUUAUUUCGUCUAUGUGCCGAUCUCGAAUUUGAUAUUCCAUAUAUAUUAUGCUCAUCGAUUCCAUUAUACUCCAUGUCAUCCGAUCUAUGGUCAUCUACGGAACCUCAUACCCAAAUUUCCAGAUCCAAGUUAUGAUUUAAAAGAUUCAUCAAAAAACUUUUACGAGUUAAUGAUGAAGUUAAAUGAUCCCGUUAAAGGUGAUAACGUAUCAAUCAUGUGGAUUGGUUGGCUUCCAGUUUAUAUAAUUUCGGGUGCCGCCGGAAUUGAGGCUGUUCUAUCAAAAUCUAAUAUCACCAAGCCUCAUUUCUAUAAGUUUAUUGGACUUCGAGAUGGUUUAGUUACUUCCGAUCCUGAUAAAUGGCGAGUUCGUCGUAAGUUUAUUGAACCUUUUUUCAAGACGAAAAGACAUCAACAUUUUGCAUCAGUUAUGGAUAAAGAAAUAAGUAAAUUGCCCGAUCAAAUUAUGGAUAAAAUUGGUCAACCUUACGAUAUUGAAAAUCUUAUUCAUGAAAGUGCUCUAAGUGUGAUUCUUGAAAUCUCCUGGGGAAUUCCCUGUGAUGAAUGUCAUGACAUGAAACGUAUCUGGUUGGAUGUUCUUAACAAAGGUGAAGUAUAUUUUAUCCAGAGAGUUUAUAAUCCGUUAUUUUGGUACACUGGAUUAUAUUUGAGGUUCGAAGCAGGUAAAAAGUACCAGGAAAACUUGCAAAGAGUCGUUGAAGGGCUUGAGUUCGUUGAGAAUCUAAAGCAAAAGGAGAGAGAAACGAAAAUCAUGGCGAAAAUGAAUAACAAUGAUGACGGUGGAAAAGAUAAUCAUUUAGAUAUUUACGAUAAAGAUAACGGUUCUUUGUACGAUUUUAUAAAGCACAACAAUGAGACAGGUAAAGUACAAAUUGACCGAGAUGGUAUUGACGAGGAACUACUGACCAUGGCCGCUGCUGGACAUGAGACAGUUUCAGUUGGAUUACGUUGGACAUUAUUCACUUUAGGUAAUAAUCUUGAAAUUCAGGAGCGUUUAUAUCAAGAGAUUAUUGAAAUUUUCCCUGAUGAUACACCGACAGAUGAUUUAGAUAAAUUAGCUCAAUGUAAAUUUCUUGACCAGUGUCUCAAAGAGUCACUCAGGUUAAACCCACCGAUUCAUGGAGUUUCCCGACAAUUAGAUGAAGAUGUCACCAUUAACGGUUCCAAGAUACUGAAAAACUCAGUGGUUAUCCUUAAUUUCAGUGCAACUCAUCAUGAUGCCAAAAUUUUCCCAGAUCCGCUUAAAUAUGAUCCAGAUCGAUGGUCACUCGAAAACGAGACCAUUUUACCCAAAGGUGCAUUUACCCCGUUUGCCCUUGGGCCUCGAAAUUGCAUUGGUUACCGUUAUGCUUUACUCGAAAUGAAGAUCUACCUAAUUAAUAUAAUUCGUCGAUUUCAAUUUGUAUCGGUUCGUAAGCCGGAAGAGGUAACUCGAAGAUACGAAAUUGCCCUCCAGCCAAAUUGCCCUUUAGAGCAAAUAUUUACACCUAGAAAAUGAAUUAAUUAAAAAACAAUUAUCUUAAUCAAUUAGAAAA